AUGCACAAGAAACAAAUCAUAUAUUUAAAUGAACUUGAAUUGGACUUUUUGAAUCACGAUGUGAUAAAUCAAGAGAUAUCUGAUAUUUCAACCAUUUCAAUAAUUUGUGACAAGUUACCUGAAUUUUUUUCAAAGUUGGAAAAUAAACAAUUUGAUAACUGGAAAGAUAUGGCGACAUGGGCAAGGAGAUAUUAUUUUUCAAGCUUUGUUGAUACAGAAUGGAAGUGUGAAAAAUCAAAAGAUGAAAAUAAUAUAAUAGAUUACGUGCACCACAUUUUGAUUCACUAUGGUGAUUACCUCAGUGAGCCAUAUAAAACGGACACCUUGGAGGGUGACGUAGGGUCUUGUCAUAUAACACCAUUGUCUAAAAUACUAAGGAACUACUGCACAGUAGUAAGUUUUUUAUCAAAUGACAACACAAAAAAAUUUCUUGAUGACAAAUUGAAGAUCGCCAGAUACAACUGUGAUGAUUUAUUUACAUUAUGGUAUGACUUUGAAGAGAGAACUAAGCACUUAUAUAAAUUAAUAGAAAAUGAUUUGAGAUCGUUGAGAACAUGGGGGCUUCAAUUGUCUGGAGAGUUUAAUGGUCAAAACCGCUUGUACCUUAACCUCUUCAGUACAAGGCAAGUGUAUCCAGUUCUCUUUUUAUUUUUAAAUGUUGAAUCUGCACCACUUCCUUGCAAGGAAGAUAAUCUAAGUUUUACUUCUUUAAGUAGAAUCACAGAAAUGAUGAUUAGAUUAGCAGGUGGGGUGCUAAAGGAAUUCGUUAAAAGAAUAAGUCCAAAGGUCAAAAGUUUACCAGAAGUUUAUGUUUGA